AUGGACCCCAUUAGCUUCGCGGUGACCACCGCUUCUCUCGCGUCGGUGUUGCAGACAUGCCUCCACGGCUAUCGCGCAUUGAACGUUGCUCUUACAUCCAGCGACUGCUCUCUCACCCUGAGCGUUCGUUUCCGACUUGAGGAAUGUCGGCUUUACCUCUGGGGUCGAAAUUGGGGCUUAGUCCAACAGCUGCAGGAUAUUACAAGUUUUAAGGAAGGAAAAGGGGUUUCGAGUGCACAGCCCGGAAGCUCUACGACUGCAAAGCAGCCAUACCUGACCCAAUCUCUUGACGACAUCGACGCCAUUCUCGAGAUCCCAGGCUUGAGAGGCUUAGUAAUGGAGAUCCUCGGUCGCAUCCACGACAUCCUAGAAAAGUGGCAGAAGAAAAUGCCAAAAUAUGCGACUUCGACACCAGCAAAGCCACCGGACGUCCCAGUCUCGAUAGUAGAGGCCGGUCAACGUCAGAAAUCCCAGAUCAAAGACACCAGCAAGUCCACCAGUUUUGUCACCAAGCUUCGCUUUGCCAUCAAGGACAAGGGCGUGCUCGAAGAGCUCCUCUCCAACCUUACUGGUUUCAAUGAUGGACUGGAAAACUUGUUGCCACGCAUCGAAAAGGAAAGCCUAGGUCGGGGUCUAGCUGGAGAGUUUCUGUCAACUAUCAACGAAGAUGGACCGUCAAAGCUACAGGCUGUUCCGAGUGUGACGGACAAAGAGAACAAAGAAGAGGCCAAGACGGCACGGAUUCUGUCGCUUCGGGAGCGCAACCAAACAGAGAAGAACGAGAGUGCAUCUAGCCCGGAGAAAUCUCGGCGUUAUGGUUAUGGUGAGGAUUAUGACAACAAUGAGGGUGAGGACGACGAAGAAGAGCUCAAUGAACUGGGCUUACAGUCCAAGGCCGCCUUCUCCUCCGACCCACUGAGAACGAGAACAAGUUCCUGGGAGAUCCCAUUGACUGAUUUCCAACAUCUCGGAGAGCUGGAGCUAGAUUACCAUCAUGCCCAAACGAAAAAGGCAGACUUCCGUGGACCGGAGAACUAUGUACCCCUUCCCCGAUCUUGUUGUCUCUAUCAACCUACAGCUCCCGCUACAGACGCUGCCGAUGACUCUCUAACGGCCACUCCUCCCAAAGAACUUCCUGAGGGGAUCAACAAGGCCACUCCUAGGGACACCGCUGAGGACUUUUCUCAGGGUCCCGCUUCUAAAGGCAAUCAUACCGCGAGCCAGAAACCACUCGCCACCACUUCCAGCGAAACAACUCUUGUCCCUCCGCAGACAACAGAAAAUAACACUCAGUCCUCGCCUAUCGUCGUCUUGAUCGAAUGGCGUCUUCAAGCAGCCGAAACGUCCCGCUCCCAACUCUCCAAGGAAGAGCUGUCGGCGCGGCGCGAGCACGUCGUCAGCCUCCUGCACCGUACCGCCGUCGCCGAUGAGGACUUCCGUGUCCUCGACUGCCUGGGUUACACCCUGUCGGCAGGCUACACGCCAGAUGGUAAACGGAUGCCCCUGGUCGGCUUCGUCUACCGCUACCCGUCAACCGCGACAACCAACAUCCUCCCAAUCACGCUCCGCACACUCCUCGACGAAGCCUACAACUCAGACAACGGAGCCACCCCUAGCCUCGAGAAGCGCAUGCAACUCGCCCAGUCCCUCGCCAUCGCCCUCUACCAGCUCCAAUGUGCGGGCUGGAUCCAUCGCAAACUCUCGAGCUACAACAUUCUGUUCUUCCGCAACCGCACUACGGGUGAGCUGGACAUCUCCCGGCCCUUUGUGUCCGGCUGGCAGUACUCAAGGCCGGACGACCAAAAGUACCAGCCCCAAUCAGAGUACAGCGGGCGGGGCAUCGGUGAUCUGGACAUGUACGUGCACCCUGCCCGGCUUGUGUCGCGCAGCAGCAAGAUUCCUUUCCCUCGCUUCCGACGGAGCUACGACAUCUACAGCCUCGGUGUCGUGUUGCUGGAGAUCGCGUUCUGGGAGCCCAUCUUCGUACUCGGUUCCGAGGAGGACCGCGAGCAGAUGAAGGAUUUCGGGCCGAGCGAUAGCGGCCGGCGGUCCCGCGACUGGCGUAACAGAUAUAUCGAGGUCACUAAGCGGGAGAUGGCGGCGGAGAUGGGUUCGACGUAUCGCGACGUGGUCUUGAAGUGUUUGCAGGGCUUAGCCAUGGGGUUGGAUGAGGAUUUUGGGCAGUGGAGCGACAUUGUCACAGGGUUUGAAGAGCCCGGCUUAGAGAAGGAUUUCUUUUGGGAGGUCGUCAGGCCGCUGGGCCGAUUGAGGGUGAUUUAA